AUGGAUUCAGCAGACCAACACAACAAAUCUUCCAACUGCUGCUCAACUACCGACACAGUGAAUGAUGACAACUUUUUGAAGCUGGAUGACAGCACAAAGCUGGUUGGAGUUCGAGUUAUUCUCAUUCUUGCUUACUGCACAAUCAUAUUGCUUGGAGUCAUCGGAAACUCCUUGGUGAUAUACGUCGUCUCCAAGUUUAAACAUCUACAGACGGUGAACAAUUUCUUCAUUGUAAACUUAGCUGUGGCAGACUUGCUGGUGAAUAUGCUAUGUUUGCCUUUCACCCUUGUCAACACUCUGUACGGCGAGUGGAUGUUUGGUAAGGUGUUGUGCUUCAUGCUGCCCUUCUCUCAAGGCCUGGCUGUGCAUGUGUCCACCGUCACCAUGAAUGUCAUCGCCCUGGACCGCCACAGGAGCAUUGUCUACCACAUGGAGACCAAGAUGUCCAAAGACAUGUGCGCUGUGGUGAUAGCCAUCACAUGGGUUGUCAGUGCGCUGCUGGCCAGCCCGCUUGCCAUCUUCAGGGAGUAUGGGACGUUCAUCAUCCCACCGCACCAGUCUAUUCAGGUGUGUGCGGAGCAUUGGCCGGGAAGCAGCGCAAAUGGAAGCAUCUACAGCAUAUCAGUCAUUCUGGUUCAAUAUGGUUUACCUCUGGCCAUCAACUGCGUUGCAUACAUCAGCAUCUGGAAUAAGCUGAAAAAGCAUGCGGUUUACGGAGGUCGAAAUGACCGCCAUCAGCACAGGAAGAAGACCACUAAGAUGUUGCUGACCAUGGUCAUGGUUUUUGCUGUCAGCUGGUUGCCUUUAAAUGCGUUCCAGUUGGCUGUUGAUAUUGACAAGACGUUGCUGUUUAUGAAGGAUUUCAAGCUGCUUUUCACGGUGUUCCACAUUGUCGCAAUGUGCUCAACGUUUGUCAAUCCCAUCCUGUACGGGUGGAUGAACAAUAACUACAGGGUGGCCUUUCUGUCCGUGUGUAAGUGUUACCAGCCUUUUAGUUCGCAAUCAAGACACUCCAAAAGCAGAGAGACACAAAAAAAUGAAGACAAGGUUUGUACAGAUUGCAAAUCAACACAUGUCUAAGUUGCACAUUCAAAGAAGGUUAAUUGAUAAUCAUUUUUGGAAAUGAUUGAUUUGUAUUUGGGUUUUUGUGGACAUUUUCAGGGAGGAUGAAAACUGUAUAUAGGUUGGAAGAAAUUAAUGAAGUGUUUGAAAAGGGGCCUCAUCCUCAAAGUGACUAAAUUAACACUGCGACAAAGGGGGGGGGGGUCAUACUCACUCUCAUUCCAAUCAAUACUUGGCGACUCACAAGUAAUUAUGGGUAAAACCAUGAUGGAUAUCCCUCUUGGUUGAUGCAGUUUUUCUGGUUGGCUUGUUUCUCUUUUUUCCAACAAGUUCAACAAACCAUACGGCCACAUAUAGGUCAAUUGUUCCUACCCUCUGCUGUGACCCAUAUGGCUGUUUCAUAAAUUAGUGUCCCUAGCGGUGGC